CAGGGGACUGUCUAGCAGCUUGUUGACUGAACAGGGAGGAGGAGGAGCUGUGAAACUUUGCAGCGAGCAGGUCAUUCCCAUGUUGAUGGCUAGCAUACAUUUUAGCAGUCAUUCGUCUUCGACCGCGACAAAGUAAUGUCUCUUGUCAAGUAAGAGUGGUCGGAAAUCUUGGGCACCGUUAGAAAAUAAAGCUAGUGCUUAUUACGAUGGGAAGCUGGAGGAAUCACAUACGUGCUCGAUUACAACAGAGAGACCAAACCGAGAAACUGCCCUAUGUCGGGGUUUUCACAAGCUUGUCUCAAAUGGAAGAACGUUUUGAAAUUCGCAAACAAAUUUUGGAUGAUGUUCAGUCAAAGAGUUUGGAACGAGGUGGAGUUGAAGUUGGAAAAAACACCAGACUCCUACAGCUCCAGCUGAGAGAGAGUGAACACCUGGCAGAAAAGUUGUCUCAGACUAUCUCAGACCUGACCUCUGUCCUGUAUCUGAAAGAGGCUGAACUCCAGCACUGGCAGUCACGUGUGUCCCAGUACCAUCAAGAGGCACUUACUCUGGCUAAAGGGAGUAAAACGCUGAAGAUGACCCUGUCAGACAUUGAGUUCACCUUAGAGUGUCAAUCCAAAGAGUUGGCAGCUCUGCGAGCAGAGCAGAAAGGACUAAAGGAAGCGUUGGCGCAAGCUGUGAGAGAGAAAGAGGAACUCUUGCAACGAUGGAUGGCGGAGAAGAGGGAAGAGGCAGACAGAAUGAAUAAAUACAACGACACACACGAAAGGUGGCACCGUUUGGCCAAACAGUUGAAGAAGCAACUCCACAGGGAAAUCGGAAAAGAGUAUGUUCCCAAAGUGACAAGCCCCUGGAGUGAUAUAACAGAAACGUCUCCAUCAGUCAUUCAGAGGAUCCAUAAUUCAACAGAUUUACAACAGGGGCACCCAGACCACAACAAAAGCCUAAUAUUCUCAGAGGAUCCUGGAAAUGACAUUUUCUCACUGAGGAACAGUAUGUAAUGAGAUACAGUAUGUGAUGCCAGAACUAAGGAGUAACUCAUUGCUACAAGAAGUGCGAGGAAAAAUGGUUUCUUAUCUGUACCUGUUUUUAAAUUGAACUAAAAGGUGAUUUAAAGAUCCACCACAUCCUGGAAAUAUGUUGUUAAAAACUUUGUUAGAGUAUCUCAUUUUAUAUUAACUAAACUAAAGUCACACUUUUCUUAUUUUCUUGUUGUUAAUUUAUCACAUCUGGACUUUGUCCUGUUUGACACCCCUCACUAAAGAAUUUUUAAAAUCCUUCCAGUUGUACCAAAUGCGGUGAUAAACCAAUGAAAUCAUUUCUUUGUAUUAGUGAUCGUGUGUCACUUUUAACUAUGUUUAUUCGCACAAAAAAUCAUGUGAAUCAUUUUUAUGUCUCAAAAAGUCAAAAAGUGUAUUAGAAAAGAACUGAAUAAUCUGUGAUCUUUAAAGAUUCGCUUCGAACAUCUCUUUGAAAAUUGUAUGCGUUAUUGUUAAGAGAAAUAAAGUCAUUUGUAUGCUA